AUGUCAUCAAGUUCUAAUUUUGAACCUUUCAAUCUUCUCGAAGACAAUGAAUGGGAAGAAAAAAUUGUUGAACAAAAUCAACAACUCGAUCAACUAAUCCAGGAUGUAGCUAUUUGGCCAACAACCCUAUCUUCACAACCUACAACCCAAACGGUUAGAGCUAGAAGGAGAUACAUUGAAAGGAAACGCGAGGAGGGUCAUGAUAUUAUUUUCGAGCAAUACUUUGCUGAAGAUCCAAUCUAUCCUCCAGAUUUUUUCCGAACAAGGUAUCGCAUGCGAAAACCUUUGUUCGAAAAAAUAAUGAACAAGCUCGUCGAGACCGACAACUGUUUUUUGCAAAAGCGUGAUGCUACUGGUCGGCUUGGUAUGUCUGCCAUUCAGAAAUGUACAGCAGCGAUGAGGGUGUUGGCCUACGGGACGGCGGCCGACUUGCACGACGAAUAUUUGAGAAUGAGCGCACAACUCAUUCGCAAAUCUCUCAUCAAGUUCGUUGAAGGUGUAAUUUCAAACUUUGGCGAUGAGUACUUGCGAAAGCCCACCGAAGAAGACUUGGCAAGACUUCUGCAUAUUGGAGAACAACGUGGGUUUCCAGGCAUGUUGGGUAGGGGAAGAAGCGGGAGUCCGACAAUCAUCUUGGAAGCAGUAGCAUCUCAAGAUCUGUGGAUCUGGCAUGCUUUUUUUGGAACUCCAGGUUCGAAAAAUGAUAUUAAUGUGCUUGAACAAUCUCCUGUUUUUGAUGAUAUUUUCGAAGGUCGAGCACCGAAGGUCAAUCAAUAUUAUAUAGUAAAUGGCCACGAAAAAAAUAUGGGGUAUUAUCUUACUGAUGGCAUAUAUCCUCAAUGGGCGGCAUUUGUCAAAUCUAUUCCGGGUCCACAAACGAUGAAGCACAAGUUGUUUGCUCGACAUCAAGAGUCCGCGCGAAAAGAUGUUGAGCGAGCUUUUGGUGUUUUGCAAGCUCGUUUUGCUUUUAUCAAAUGCCCAUGUCUUAUUUGGGAUCGUGAUAUUAUGGGGAAAAUAAUGAUUGCUUGCAUAAUCUUGCAUAAUAUGAUAGUGGAAGAUGAAAGAAGCACGUAUUCAAACUAUUGUGAUCCAGCCGAAUUUAUUCAAGAUCGACUUGGACGAAGUAGUCGUGAGAACGAAGGUGGAGAUGCGAAUAAUGAUUUCAUAUAUUCUACGAAUAGGAUCGCGAGUCUAGCUUCUUACAUGAAAAAUAAAGCCCAACUUCAAAACAGAGAAGCUCACAAAGCUCUGCUAAACGAUUUGGUUGAGCAUAUAUUUGGUUGGGUGGUCAUUGAUAAACCAUGA